CGAACAGCAAUCUCACAUCCCAGGUAAACACAAGGAUUGCUUCACUUGCCAAUUGGUUUGGUUCUUGUAGUGAAUAUGUGCUUUACUUGAUCAUUGUGGUAGGAGGAACCAAUUUCUCGAGAAACAGUGCAAAGAUGAAGAUUCUUAUCUUGCUGAUCAGUUUAAUGCUAAAAGAUAUGGUUCAGAAAGCACUUACCCUAACACCAACUCGUCGCGGGAAGGAAAUCAUAGCACAAUUGGUUCAUGGGAUGAAAGAAAUUUGUGUAUGGCAGACUUGUUACCUUCGAACGGUUGGCACGGUGAGGUGCACCAGCCCUCCGGUUCGCGGAGACAAUGGACAGUCAGAAGGCAACCAAUGUGUGCUGGAUUCUUUCAGAAAUUUGCAGAUAAUGCCGAAAUGAUUGAGCUUUAUGAAAGGAGAAGAGUCUCGGAUUCCCUUGAUAGUGACUUUUGCAAUGAGUUAAACACGAUGGUCUUAUCAUUGUUAGAGAUGCAAAGGAAACGAACUUUUGCUCAAGAUGAUAUUUCAAAUGAUGAAGAUCAUCCAUUUUGGCAAAAAAUGGAGGAGUGUAGUAACAAUUCUGAGAGUGUUGUUGAUAUCUUCUCAUCAUGUUCAACUGCUCAAAACCACACCAUGUGCCAGUCGGAAUGUCGGAAACAUGCUUCAUCCCCUCACCGAAAUGAUCUUGAAUAUACGGAUGAAUUAAGAGACGGUAUCGUGCAGAUACACGUAGAACUUCAGGAACUUCGCAAGUUAGUCGAGAGUUGUCUGAAGAAGCAAGUUGAACUGCAUGACUCUAUCAAGGAAGACAUUUUUGAUGCAAUUAGACAAUCAAUUCUUAUGCAGAUCUAACCGGGAGUAUCUUGAAUGGCUAUCUGCAACAAACAGGAACAAAAGGCAGAUGCUGUAUCUGUUUCGAUACUCCGCGAGUGAACUAGUUAGUGCAUAGAUAGGU